GGGGAGGGGGCUCAUCCGGGUCCUUUCCGGGCCCGAGGAGGGAGGCAGGAUGCCGGCGCGGCUGCAGAACCGGUACAACCUGGUGGAGGAGGCCGGCGGGGAGGCGCGGGGGUCGGCCCUGCACAGCGAGGAAGCCUUCCAGCACGGCAUCGUCUUCCAGGCCAAGUACAUCGGCAGCCUGGACGUGCCGAGGCCCAACAGCCGCGUGGAGAUCGUGGCCGCGAUGCGCAGGAUCCGGUAUGAAUUCAAAGCCAAGAACAUCAAGAAGAAGAAGGUCAACCUCGUGGUCUCCGUGGACGGAGUGAAAGUCAUCCUCCGGAAGAAACAGAAGAGGAAAGAAUGGACCUGGGACGAGGGCAAGAUGCUGGUGAUGCACGACCCCGUCUACAGGAUCUUCUACGUCUCGCACGACUCCCAAGACCUGAAGAUCUUCAGCUACAUCGCCAGGGACGGCACCAACAAUUCCUUCCGGUGCAACGUCUUCAAGUCCAAAAAAAAGACGCAGGCCAUGCGCGUGGUGCGGACGGUGGGCCAGGCCUUCGAGGUCUGCCACAAGCUCAGCCUCCAGCACGCCCUGCAGAACGCAGACGGCCAGGCCGACGGGGCCAGCCACAACUCGGCCGAGGAGCCCCCGCUCGAAGGUCUCCACUUGGCUGGACCGGCCUUGACCGACGGAGAAAGAGCUCCGGUCAUUCCGGAGGGGACCGGGGUGCCGGACGGAAGGGCUUCGGAGCAACCGCUGGCCGUGGCCGAGUUGGGAUUUCCUCUCCCGGGGCCAAAGGACCGGAGCAGCCAGGAGAGCGAGGGGGGCUCCGUCCUCCGCAGCCCCGGCUCCUCCUCCUCCUCCUCCUCGGGGGCCACCCCGCUGGCCUCCCGGCACGGCCUCCACCUCCUCCAGCACCGGCUCCUCCAGCAGCAGCACCAGACCCAGGUGGCCGUGGCCCAGGUGCAGCUGCUGAAAGACCAGCUCUCCGCCGAGACCGCGGCCCGCCUUGAGGCCCAGGCCCGCGUCCGGCAGCUGCUGCUCACCAACCGCGACCUCCUCCAACACGUCUCCCUGCUGGUCAAGCAGCUCAAGGAGCUGGAGAUCAAGGUGCAGCUGCGGCACCCAGUGGACCGCUCGCUGCAGAACCUGUCCCUGGCCCAGUCCCUCUCCCUCAACCUGAAGAACCACUACAGCCUCCACAUCAGCCUGCCCUCCGCCUCCACGCCCGCCAGCCUCCUGGGCAGCCCCCUGGCCCUGCACAACGCCUGCGGGUCCUACCUGGACCUGGCCCGCCCGGAAAAGGGCGCGGGGAGCCAGGAGCACCUCCUCCUGCCGCCCAUGGAGGGGCCCGAGGGGCUCCGCAGCGUGGAAGGCUCCGAGGCCGCCCACAGCAGCACCAGCACCAGCAGCAACGUGCCCAACGGGACCGGCCCGCCAAGGGGCAAGGCGCAGGAGGAGAGGGUCCAGCCGGUCAUCCCCAAGCUGAACCCGCCCCCGCCGACCCUGCGGAGGAGGUCAAGCAAGACCACCUCCCCGUCGUCGAUGGACGCGGAGAGCGCCAGCAGCCCCGGCGCCUCCGCCCUCCCCGGCGUGGCCGUCCCCUCCGUCUCAAGUGCCGAGCCGGGCCGGGAGCGGGGCAGGGCGGGGGUGCGGGGCCCGCUGGGCAAGACCCUCCUGGGCCGCCUGGACUGGGGCCCGGGGCGCGACUCGGACGGAGGCCUGGACUUGAAGUGGCCCUUCUCCUCGGGGGCCGAGACCCGCCUGCACAUCAGCCUCUCGGAGGACGAGCUGGACACGGCCGGGAUGGCACGGGCCUGACUCACGCCGGGUGGACAUUUGCGGACUGGGCAGCCUCUCUGUAAGGGGAGGGUCCUGUUGGGCCCAGAAGGAGGAGGCCAAGGCCACAAGGAGGCUCCAGGCUGACCCCGUCCACCACGGGCCUUCACGGGGGGCGAAAGGCCGGCACUAGGCCUCACUAGGCCUCACUGGCCCUUGCUCUGAGGGAAAUGGGGUCCCAGUUUGCCCCAGUUCAACCAUGGACGUUGGAAAUGCUGCAGGAGGACUCACUCAGUCUGGCAGGAUGAUAUUUUUUGAGGGAAAUAGGGGGUCCCAGUUUGCCCCAGUUCAACAAUGGAGGUUCAGAAUGGCCUCACUAGGCCCGACUGGCUCCUGUUUUGAGGGAAAUGGGGGUCCCAGUUUGCCCAGUUCAACAAUGGAGGUUUGGAAUGUGUGACUGGCUCCUGUUUUGAGGGAAAAAGGGGUCCCAGUUUGCCCCAGUUCAACCAUGGAUGUUGGAAAUGCUGCAGGAGGACUCAGUAAGUCUGGCAGGAUGCUAUUUUUUUGAGGGAAAUGGGGGUCCCAGUUUGCCCCAGUUGAACAAUGGAGGUUCAAAAUGUGUGUAAAACCUGAGGUAGGCCUCACUAGGCCUGACUGGCUCCUGUUUUGAGAGAAAUGGGGGUCCCAGUUUGCCCCAGUUCAACCAUGGAGGUUUGGAAUGUGUGACUGGCUCUUGUUUUGAGGGAAAUGGGGGUCCCAGUUUGCCCCAGUUCAACCAUGGAGGUUUGGAAUGUGUGACUGGCUCUUGUUUUGAGGGAAAUGGGGGUCCCAGUUUGCCCCAGUUCAACCAUGGAGGUUCAGAAUGUGUGACUAGUUCCUGUCUUGAGGGAAAUGGGGGUCCCAGUUUGCCCCAGUUCAACCAUGGAGGUUUGGAAUGUGUGACUGGCUCUUGUUUUGAGGGAAAUAGGGGGUCCCAGUUUGCCCCAGUUCAACAAUGGAGGUUCUGAAUGUGUGUAAAACCUGCUGUAGGCCUCACUAGGCCUGACUGGCUCCUGUUUUGAGGGAAAUGGGGGUCCCAGUUUGCACCAGUUCAACCAUGGAGGUUCAGAAUGUGUGACUGGUUCCUGUCUUGAGGGAAAUGGGGGUCCCAGUUUGCCCCAGUUCAACCAUGGAGGUUCAGAAUGUGUGACAGGCUCUUGCUUCGAGGGAAAUAGGGGGUCCCAGUUUGCCCCAGUUCAACAAUGAAGGUUCAGAAUGUGUGUAAACCUGAGGUAGGCCUCACUAGGCCUGACUGGCUCCUCUCUUGAGGGAAAUUGGGGCUCCCAGUUUGCCCCAGUUCAACAAUGGGUGUUCAUAAUGGUUGGAAGUGCUGCAGCAGGCCUGGCUGGCUCUUGCUCUGAGGUAAAUGAGGGCUCCAGAUUGCUUCAGUUCAACAAUGGAGGUUCAGAACGUGAGAAGAAGUUGCAGUAGGCCUCACUAGGCCACAGUAGGCCUGACUGGUUUUGGCUUUGAGGUAAAUGAGGUCCAGUUUGCCCCAGUUCCACAACGGAGGUUUGGAAUGUGAGAAAAGGUUGAAGUAGGCCUCACUAGGCCGUGGUGGGCCUCACUUGGCUGUGGUGGUCUCGUUAGGCUUCACUAGGCCAUAGUGAGCCGCAUUAGGCUUCACUAGGCCAUAGUGAGCCGCAUUAGGCUUCACUAGGCCAUAGUGAGCCGCAUUAGGCUUCACUAGGCCAUAGUGAGCCGCAUUAGGCUUCACUAGGCCAUAGUGAGCCGCAUUAGGCUUCACUAGGCCAUAGUGAGCCUCACCAGGCCACACUAGGCCUCACUGUCCCCUUUUUGAGGGAAAGUGGGAGGUUUGAGAAUGUGUGAAAGGCUUGUGUUUGUGGGUUUUGUGUGACAGUGACUUGCGAGGGCCGGGUUGCCUAGCAACCCCUUGGCGGGAAACGGGGAGAGAGGAGUUCCUCGACAGGCCUCACCUGCUCCGAGGGUGCCCUGCCAUAGAUGUGGGCGAAACGUCAGGAGGGGAUGCUUCUGGGACACGGCCAAGAAAGACCGGAGAACUCACUCACCCUUUCUUCACGACCGAGGACCGAAAAGCAUCAUCGCAACCUCUUGGAUUCUUCCUCCCAGGAGUAAGUAAGUCUGGCCUGAAAUGAACAGUGAAUUGAGGAUAACAUCAAUAACCUAAACCGAUACGGUCAGGCAGAAUCAGACAAGAAUUAUAUAGUGGCAUAAAAUCUAAAUAAACACUCACAAUACUUUACAAAAACAA